AUGUUGUCGCCCUCGGUAAAAAGAUCGCGCGACGAAAUGGAAGCUGCAGACCGUACGCAUGGGACGACAAAAGCUGCGACUGCCGCAGAGGACGACGACACGUCCUCAGACGACGAUUUUGGACCUGCGCUCCCUUCCUCCGCCCCCAAGAAGAAAAAGCGCAAGCUACCUUACGAAAAACUUUACGUCGCAGCCUUGCCGACCGCGAGCCGCUACUUCAAAUCGCUGAUGCACCGCGAGCAACUAUGCUAUACAACAUUCACACCGCUUACCGACUUCCUUGUCACAAGUUCGAUCGAUGGAGUCGUCAAGUUUUGGAAGAAGGAUUUCGGGGGUGUCGAGUUUGUGAAGGAAUUUCGGGCCCACGAUGGUGAGAUUCGGUCUGUGAGCGUCAGCGCGGACGGUCGCAGCUUUGCGACCUGCGGGACCGACAAGUCCGUGAAGAUAUUUGAUGUGGUUACAUUCGAUCUGCUGGCCAUGUUGAGCUUGGAUUAUUCACCAAAGACAGUAUGCUGGGUGCAUGGAAGGGGCGCAUCCUUCCCACAGCUGGCCGUGUCAUCGGAAGAGAGUUCCUGGAUACGAAUAUACGACGGAAGAGGAGAAAAUCUGGACCCAUUGCAUACCUUGAAGAGCAUACACAAGGCACCUGUCGCUCUAAUGGUCUAUAAUAACCAUUUCGAUUGUGUAGUAUCCGUGGACCAGGGUGGCAUGGUUGAGUACUGGCGGCCAAGCGGCAACUUCGAAAAACCCGACAACGUCUUCUCCAUCAAGAGUUCGACAAAUUUGUUCGAGUUCAAGAAGGCAAAAUCAGUGCCCGUGUCACUCACCAUGUCCCCCACUGGCAAACAGUUCGCAGCACUCUCGUUUCCGGAUCGCAAGAUACGGAUCUUCGACUUUGCAACGGGGAAGCUGCACCGAACAUACGAUGAAUCAAUUCAGACGAUACAGGAGAUGCAACAAGCUGGGACCGCCGUGCAACAUCUUGAGGACAUCGAGUUUGGCCGAAGGCUUGGAAUAGAGCGCGACUUGGACCAACCUUCUGUGCGAUCCCGUAUGAACGUUGUCUUUGAUGAGACUGGCAAUUUCAUCUUAUACGGUUCAAUGUACGGAGUCAAAGUUCUCAACAUGACAACAAACCGUAUAGUCAAAAUCUACGGCCAGGAGGAACCAUUUCGGCCACUGUGGCUUUCUCUGUACCAGGGUCAGCCCGAGAAGAAAGGCGUUGUCACUGUGGAAAUGGCAGCCAGUGAGAACCCCUUACUACAAGAAGCUGAAGCCCGCGACGCAAUGCUGGUUUCUACAGGCUCCGGAAAGGUGCGCUUUUACAUGUUCACAAACGACAAUACUGUCGCAAAAUCUGAGCGAGAUGUGCAAAACGAAAAGCCCCGUAACGUCGGCUCCUCGAAAAAAGCGGAAGAAAAAGUUGCCGCUACAGGCACAUCAGCUGUCAUACAUACUACAUACGGCGACAUAGCUGUACGUCUUUUCCCUGAAGCCGCACCGAAGUCUGUAGAGAACUUUGUGACACACGCAAAGAACGGAUACUACAACAAUAUCAUAUUCCACCGUGUCAUCCGCAAGUUUAUGAUUCAAACUGGCGAUCCGCUUGGCGAUGGUACGGGUGGUGAGUCUAUCUGGGGCCGCGAGUUCGAAGAUGAAUUCUCUAGUCUCAAACACGAUAAGCCGUACACACUCAGCAUGGCAAAUGCUGGUCCAAAUACAAACGGUUCACAAUUCUUCAUCACAACGGAGAAGACGCCUUGGCUGGACAAUAAGCAUACGAUAUUCGGGCGUGCCGUUCAGGGACUGGAUGUGGUGCAUAAAAUCGAGAACACAAAGACGUAUAAAGAGAAACCGGAAGACGAUAUCAAAAUCAUCAGUAUUUCAGUUUCAUAG